GGGGGUGUGCGCGGGUCACAUGGUCGAGGAGCCCUCCCCGUCAGCCUCCGUGCGGGCUGCCGAGCACUGCCACAGGAAGCCGCUGCGCCGCGCUUGUGCUGUGCGGCCCGCAGGAGCCGCCUGCACCCCGUGCUCAUGAGGCGGGCCCGCGAGCCCCACCGCCUGCAGCCCUGGGCGGCGCGGUGAGGGCCGCACCCCGCCAAGCGCCAUGGAACUGAACGCGGGAGGUGUGAUUGCCUACAUCAGUUCUUCCAGCUCUGCCUCCAGCCCUGCCUCUUGUCACAGCGAGGGUUCUGAGAACAGUUUCCAGUCCUCGUCCUCGUCCUCGUCUGUUCCAUCUUCUCCAAAUAGCUCGAACUGUGAUGCCAACGGCAAUCCCAAGAACACUGAUAUCUCUAGCAUCGACGGUGUUCUGAAGAGCGACCGUACAGAUUGUCCUGUGAAAACAGGCAAACCCGGUGCUCCUGGCAUGACCAAGAGUCACAGCGGAAUGACAAAAUUUAGUGGCAUGGUUCUACUGUGUAAAGUCUGUGGGGAUGUGGCGUCAGGAUUCCACUAUGGAGUUCAUGCUUGUGAAGGCUGUAAGGGUUUCUUUCGGAGGAGCAUUCAGCAAAACAUCCAGUACAAGAAGUGCCUGAAGAAUGAGAACUGUUCCAUCAUGAGGAUGAACAGGAACCGGUGCCAACAGUGCCGCUUCAAGAAGUGUCUGUCUGUGGGAAUGUCACGAGAUGCUGUUCGAUUUGGCCGGAUUCCCAAGCGUGAAAAACAGAGAAUGCUAAUUGAAAUGCAAAGUGCAAUGAAGACCAUGAUGAACACCCAGUUCAGUGGCCACCUGCAGAAUGACACCUUAGCAGAACAGCAUGAACAGUCAGCACUACCAGCUCAGGAACAGCUGCGGCCCAAGUCCCAGCUGGAGCAAGAAAACAUCAAAAGCUCUCCUCCUUCGUCCGAUUUUGCAAAGGAGGAAGUGAUUGGCAUGGUGACCAGAGCCCACAAGGAUACCUUUCUGUAUAAUCAGGAACAUCGAGAAAACUCAUCUGAGAGCAUGCCACCCCAGAGAGGAGAACGGAUUCCCAGGAAUGUGGAGCAAUAUAAUUUAAAUCAUGACCAUCGUGGCAGUGGGCUUCACGGUCACUUCCCCUGUAGUGAGAGCCAGCAGCAUCUCAGUGGACAGUACAAAGGGAGGAACAUAAUGCAUUACCCAAAUGGGCAUGCCGUUUGUAUUGCAAAUGGACAUUGUGUGAACUUCUCCAGUGCUUAUACGCAAAGAGUCUGUGAUAGAAUUCCAGUAGGUGGAUGUUCUCAGACUGAGAACAGGAAUAGUUACCUGUGCAACACUGGAGGGAGGAUGCAUCUGGUUUGUCCUAUGAGCAAAUCUCCAUAUGUGGAUCCUCAGAAGUCUGGACAUGAAAUCUGGGAAGAAUUUUCAAUGAGUUUUACCCCAGCAGUAAAAGAGGUGGUGGAAUUUGCAAAACGGAUUCCUGGCUUCCGAGAUCUGUCUCAGCACGAUCAGGUCAACCUGUUAAAAGCUGGGACUUUUGAGGUUUUAAUGGUACGAUUUGCUUCAUUAUUUGAUGCAAAGGAGCGGACUGUCACCUUUCUAAGUGGAAAGAAGUACAGUGUGGAUGACCUGCACUCAAUGGGAGCAGGGGAUCUGCUCAGCUCUAUGUUUGAGUUCAGUGAAAAGCUGAAUGCCCUCCAGCUCAGUGAUGAGGAAAUGAGCUUGUUCACAGCAGUUGUUCUAGUAUCUGCAGAUCGAUCUGGAAUUGAAAAUGUCAACUCAGUGGAGGCUUUGCAGGAAACACUCAUCCGUGCACUAAGGACCUUAAUAAUGAAAAACCAUCCAAAUGAGGCCUCCAUUUUUACAAAAUUACUUCUAAAGUUGCCAGAUCUUCGAUCUUUAAACAACAUGCACUCUGAAGAACUCUUGGCCUUUAAAGUUCAUCCUUAAGGCCUUUGAACAUGAACUGAUGCUAAUGUACAUUUUAUGCUGAGAUGUUUAUUUAUAUGUGUAUACCAUAUUGUGGAAAUAGAAAAGAACUUAGCGCCAGGUCCUGGGCUGUCUCUGUAGUCAGUCACCAGUAGCUGUUUGGAUGAGAACUCAUUGUCUUGUUAGACACCCCCCCCCCCCCCAGUAGACCAAUCAGCUGUGUUGCACUUAGACUGGAGAAGUUACACUGAAUUAUAAUCACACAGAAUGUUAGACUUUUUCAUCUGCCAAAGCCAAAAUACCAUUUGAUCUCCCCUUGGUAUCAAUCUAGUGCACAUUGCAGAUCUAGGAGGACUUAGACAUUAACCCUUUGUGCUGGGAUUCUGUUGUACCACAAGACUGAAAUGUGGUAAGGGAGACUGAGAGCCAAGAGGUCUUUAUGUGCUUGGGUUUUGCUCUGCCACUGUCAAAGUACAUGGCCCUGGCAGUCCCUGGGUUGUGGAAAAAGGUAAUUGAUAGUGUCCCCAAUGUCCUGCCUCAAAGGGAUACCGAAAAAUGUCCAUAAAGCAUCUUUACCUCUUGGGAGAUAGGCACUAUGUAAAUAAGGUAAAGUUUUUAUUAUAAAUGCUCAUAAUAAUAAUCUUGUCUUAUUUCUAAGCAUUUCUGGGAUACUUUGACAGUCCACACCAAUUUAUUCAGGGUUCCUUCUCAAGUGGAUACCCUACUGAUAAACACAUAUUCCAGGUUUAUGGACACCUCAGAUAGUAUGUGUACAUAGUGUGUAUGUGAAUAUAAUUAUAUAUAAAAUCUUACUUCACAAUAUUUUAAACUGUGAAGAACUUUAUCAUACAAUAAACUUAAACAAGAGGUGUCAAGGACCCAAAUUAGGUGCAUUUUACCUGUUGCUGCUGAUGUAUAACCAUUGCUUUAAGAUGUUUAGAUGGUAGAACACUGAAGUUAAUGCUCUUAUUUUUGUUUAAGCAACAUUUAAUGUAAAAGUGUGAUGAGCAGUCAAAUCUGGAUUUCAGAAAAAAAGGUGUAUUUUAGAAGAUAUCUUUGAUACAAUCUGCAGUUGAAAGUAACAGAUGUUUCAGUAUUUGAGCCUUCUACCUGUGCUAUUAAUGGAGGGGGUAGUGCUGCCUCUUAUUUGCAGCACGUGGAUGACAGAUUUUUGUUCUGUGUGGAGGAUGUUUUGUUUAGGAAAACUCUGUGAUCUGUUGGCAUGUCUGUGCCAAGUCCACUUUUCUUUUUUUCCCUAAAUAACACUACAGAGAUUUUGUCAAUUUAGAUUUAAUAUAAUUUGAAAAACGUUUUAGUAAGUGACCUACCUACAGGCUUAGAGAUCGUGGUAGGAGAGAUAGCCAAAGUUGAAGAUUCAUGAGCAACACCCCCUGUCCCUCCCAAAGUAGCAAUUCAUUGUAUUUUGGGGGUAAAAUUAUUUUGAUUGUGUAAUGCUAGAUUAUGUGAAAUUAUAAAGACAUUAAGAACAUUUUUUAUUAUUUAAAGCCUGUUACUUUUAUGAUGUAAGCAGAAUGCCUUAUUUUGUAGUUUUAAUUUGUUGCUACAGGGUUUGAACUUCUGUAGUACAGCUAAGAGAGCUUGAGAAAGAUAAACCCCUGUUGUCAAAGAGGAAAGCAGAUGGUGUGUCUGUCAUACAGUAGGGACCAUAACUGCUGUUUACGUCCAGUGGGUAUGGCUUUCAUGGGAUAUACAGCUAGGUUUUGUGAAUUCUUAAAUGAUAGCAUUAUCCUUUUAUAUUUUUUUCUAGGAUAAACAAAUGCAUAGUUUUCUUCUAUGGGGGAUAGAGAGCUUUUUUGAAGUAAUACUGAAAACCUCAAAGGUUAUGUUGAUUCUUCAUUUUUGCCUUUUACAUAAGUGUCUUUAUAACAUGUAUCUUUAAAGCAGUUAAGUCUUUGGAAAUAUGUAACCAGAACUGUUAGUAUUGCUUGUAAUGCUUUAGUUAGGGUUAGUAUAUACAUGUACACACCUAAAUAUAAGCAUGUAGAUUUGCAUUUUGUCUCGUAAAAUUUUAUUUCAAUAAAUUCUUCCUGAAGUAAUGGGAAACAAAAUCCAUAGUUCAUAUGCCACAUAUAGUAUUUCUGUAUUUGAAAGUAGCCCAAAGAUGAGCAUUCUAAUUCUAAAAUGAAACCAGCAGCCUCAUACAAGCACAUUCUUUGAUUGAGUCAUGGUCUAACAGUUACUAAAUGACAUCAGCCAGAUAGGGAACUUCUGAGUCAGUGGGGCACUGUUGGUAAUUAACAAUGUACUGUAUGGAUUAAGUGACGCUUUAACUCUGACUUUAUGUUUCAAGGUUAAAAUAUGGGCAUUAUCUCACCAGACUUAUGGGCAUUAUGUUAACAAGAUGAACCAUUUUUUCCCUGUGCUUUUAGUGUGUCUUUACAUGAUGUAAGAGAGGAUUCCAGCUUCCAGAGAGUAAACACUGAGGGAAAGGAGAGACAUAUUGGUAUAACGCUUGUUCUCAUUGUAAUGGUUAAUUGCAGAUAAAAAAUUUUGAAGAGUAUUUCAGUAGAUUAGUAUAUAGAUUUCAUAUCUACAUUGUAAGAAAUUGCCAUUGUGAUUGGAUCAGAAUUGAUGUGUGUUAUGUAAACAUUGCAAAGCAAAGCUUCGAGUGGAGCUCAGAUGGAUGUAUUCCUGUGCAGGAGAGCAAACACCUGUCUCAGUUGUUCUUUAUCUUUUUGCAAUAUAAAGUUUGCUGAAUGUAUAAGA